CCUACUCUGUAUACGUCUCUACCAACUCAAUCAUGGACGCCUACGUGCCAGAUCUAGACCGAGGGUACGCCAGAAGUCGAGGUCACUCGGACGACGGUAGGGAACAUCGUUCUCACCGCGAUAGAGAAGAAUACGACCGUCGUCGACCUCGCGAACAUGAGAGGGAACGCAACGGUGGUGGGAGGGACCACGACCGUGAUAUAGAACGUCAUCGACCUCGCGAUGAUCGUGAUAGAGACAGGGGCUAUAGACGGGACGAUCGUGAGAGGGAUCGAUAUGACCGAGAACGUCAUCGUCGUGAUGAUCCUAUCGGUAUGGCAGAACCCAUGGGAGGUCCGGGAGGUUAUCGUGAACGUCGACCACCUCCCAGAGACGAGUUUGCUCAGCCUAUGAGGAGUUAUUCUCCGCGAAGAGAUAAUGGGCCGCCGGAUGAUGGAGGGUAUAGAGGUAGAGGUGGGGAGAGAGGUGGCAGAGGUGGCAGAAGACAAAGUCCACCGAGAAGUCCUACACCGCCUGGGACAAUAGCGCUCGAGGAGAGGAAGGUGAAACAUAGUCUGUGGGACAUAAGACCUGUACAAUUUGCGGGGAUCGGGGCCAUGGCUGCCAAGAUGACUGGCAUGUUCACUUACGGUCCCGGUCGCGUCCCUCCUCCUCCAGAGCUCGGCAUACCUUCAGCCCUCAUAGCCGGCUCUUUCCCUCCUCCAGGUGCAAAUGGUCUUCGUCAAGCCAAACGAAUCUACGUCGGCGGUAUCACCGAAUCAAUGACAGACGCUUCUCUUCUGGAAUUCUUCAAUACGACCAUGUCCGAGCGUGGUUUCACGCUCGAAAUUCCUGGAGAUCCUAUCGGAGCCGUCCAAGUCAACCAUGAAAAAGCUUUCGCCUUCCUUGAGUUCCGUUCGGCUGAAGAGGCUUCUUCUGCCCUCAAAUUGGACAAUGUCAUGUUCGAAGAUGUGCCCUUGCGUGUGAAACGACCAAAGGACUAUACGGGUUUAGAUCCUUUGCAACAUACCAUGGGUGGAGCACAGGCGAUGAGCGAUUCUCCGAACAAAUUGUUCAUUGGUGGUUUGCCGACGUACCUGGACGAGGCCCAGGUCAUGGAGUUGUUGAAGAGUUUCGGUGAAUUGAGGAGUUUCAAUCUGGUCAAAGAUCCCGAUUCGUCUGAGAAUAAAGGAUUUGCCUUCGCUGAAUACACUGAUCCCUCCAAUACCGACAUGGCCAUCUCCGGCCUCAACAACUUUUCACUCGGUGAUCGUAUCCUCGUCGUCCAACGCGCCGCCGUCGGUCGUGCAUCAGGAACCACCGACGCCAUCCCCGGAUCCGAAUCUUUCCUAGCUAAAUCAGCCAUAUUCGCACAAGAAAAUCAACAAUCGGGUCCUACUUCCAGAGUCAUGCUCUUGCUCAAUAUGGUCACCGCCGAUGAACUGUACGAUGAUCAAGAAUAUCAAGAGAUUUUGGAAGAUAUCACUUCUGAAUGCUCUAGAUUCGGUGAGAUUGAAGGUGUCAGAGUACCGAGACCCGUACCGAAGAGUAAGAAAUGGGAACCGAGCGAAUCGGCUGUGGUGACUCAGGAAAGGGCAAGAAGGGCGGAUUUGGCAGCUGGUGUAGGGAGGGUGUUUGUGAUGUAUAAAGAUUUGGCUAGUACGGAAAAGGCUAUGAACUCUUUGGGUGGAAGACAAUUCGGUGGGAGGACAAUUGUCGUCGCUAAUGUUCCCGAGGAAGAAUUUCUUGGUCCUGCUCCACCUCCCCCUCCACCACCAGAACAAGAUCUCGACGCUGCUGCAGCCGAUGCUGUCAAAGAUAUCAUGGCCGACCUCACCAGUUAACCCUAUAUCCUCUGUUCUCGUCACCCCGUAUUCUUUAGUUCAUCUUCGUGAGGUCAAAGCAAAAACGAAAGACGGAAGCAGAACAAUCAAUGCAUCUUUAUGUCUAAUCCUAUGUCAAAAGAUCAUCAUC